AGGUUAGGGGAUGAGUCACGCACAACCAGAUAAAUAUCACAGUUCACUUGUGUUGAAGACAUUUUAAGGUCUACUAUCGAGAGCAUUUUAGGGAACCUAUGUGGAAAAUGGCAAUCAAACUAAUUUUGUUCUGUUUGUGUUUGUGGCGUCUGGUUGGUGUGUUUGGUGAUGAAGUGAAGUCAGUGUCAGUGAUGGAGGGAGAUUCAGUCACUCUAAACACAGAUCUUACUGAAAUACAGACUUUUGAUCUGAUAAUGUGGAGGUUUGGACCGAACGACGUGCUCAUAGCUAAACUCAUUGUAGGGUACAUCUUUUUAUAUGAUGGUAUUGAGGGAUUCGGGGACAGACUGAAACCGGACAAUCAGACUGGAUCUCUGACCAUCACAAACAUCACAACCACACACUCUGGACUUUAUACAGUUAACAUCUUUAGCCAAAGAAUGAUCAGAUCUAGAUUCAAUGUUACUGUCUAUGCUCGUCUACCUGUUCCUGUCAUCAGCAGUAACUCUUCAAACUGUUUGUCGUCAUCAUCAUCAUCAUCAUCAUCAUCAUCAUCAUCAAAUUGUUCAUUGUUGUGUUCAGUGGAGAAUGUGAGUCAUGUGACUCUCUCCUGGUACAAAGGAAACAGUUUAUUGUCCAGUAUCAGUGUGUCUGAUUUCAGCAUCAGUCUCUCUCUACCUCUGGAGGUGGAAUAUCAGGAGAAAAACAGCUACAGCUGUGUGAUCAACAAUCCCAUCAGAAACCAGACCACACAUCUGGACAUCAGCAAACUCUGUCAACCAUGUUCAGGAAUCUGAGACGGCGGUGAUGAACACGUGUUUCAGCUCUGAACAAUGAUUCAACUUUCUCUGAUUCUAUUUCUCACAAAUUAUGCUCUGAUCACAACAAUUUCAUCUGCCUUUUACACUUUAUUACUGAUGUAUAUAUAAUGUGAUUUUAGUUUUUUAUAUUUCCUCUAAAUGAUCUUCCUCUAAUGAGUUUAUUGUGAUCCUGAGUGAAGAAUACUCUAGAUUAUCAAAUAAUGCUUUCUUUAUUAUAAACAUGUUUUCCCCCCUCUCUCCACAUCCGCCUGCCCUCUUGAAUAAAGUUUUCUCCAUGCUUUAUUAAAUUAUGUCAAGCGCCCCCAGGGGGAAUACUUGUAUAUGUAUAUACACAUUUUUAUCAGAGCACAACAUAUUGAGCUUUAUAUUAUUAAAACCUAAUUUGUAAUUGUA